ACAAAUGAUUGUAUUGCACAAGCCGACAAAAGAAAGGAAGAACACGCGAAUCUCUUUAAAUUUGUAUAAGUUUUCUCCAAAAAAGAGUUGUGAAAAAGUGGUGCUUAACCUACAAGACUUUGAUGAGAUUUGGUCCAAGCACGUACGCUAUUGAAAAUGUGGCAAAUCGCAAAGAAAAGUAAUGGCUUGCAAGAUUCUGAGCUUGUUAGUAAAACGAGAAAAGCAUCAGAAAAGAUUUCUGAGAAUAUAUAUAUCGUCGCCAAUGAUCCAUCCCUAGCUUUUUACCGUAUACAAGAACAUGUGAGAAAAGUGAUUCAGCCGAUAUUAGAUAAGAGAUUGGAAGUUAUUCAUCUGCAGAAUAACCUGCAGGGUCAUUGUUAUGACAUGGAAUACUCAGUAGGAGCAAUUAGAGGCAUAGAGAAUUCUGAAGAAUUCUUCCGAAAUAUCCAGGAACUAAUUAAAACAUCUAUAUUUUUAAAGCAACAAUUAAAGUAUGAAGAAGGAAAAAAUAAAACUGACAAAGAUUCUACAAAUUCCGUUUAUAAACGAUUUUCUGCUCAUUUAACCUUAGAUUUUCCUGAUUUCAGUGGAGUAGUGAGAGAAACGAGUCAACGCAUGGAAACAAUAAUGAUUUCAAAUAGAGGACAAAAUAUUGGAGAACUUCAGAGAUCUCACACAACUUUACAUUAACGAAAGAGUAUGUUAAUCAACAUGUAUUUAAUAUUAAAUAUAUACCAAAUAAUACAA